AUGGAAAAUAAUUUUGAAAGGGUGGCUAUCGAUGAUAUACUCUUUAGUGGCUUUUGGUCCCGCCGACUUCGCGAGGGUGAUUUAUCUACACCCUGGAUUUUCGGCGGGGUGCACUCAUCCAAUCUUCCUCCCACAACCCCCAAAGAACUAUUAUUUAGUGAAGAGAGCUACUUCCAACAAAUCGUCAGCGACAACAUGGAGAACGACUUGCGAGAAAUCCUCCGCGAGAAAGCUGAAAAGCACCGCGACUAUUACAAUUCGCUAGUAGGUACCGACAUUACAAAAUCCAGUAGUUCGCCUUCCGACCAUACGAUGGAAGUAGAGGUACCGAUCGCGGCGUUGAACGAACCGGUGACGACAGAAUUACCUGAGCGGAGUAGUACGGGGUCUACUACCACAAAACCGAGGCAAAGAAGACGGGGUGUUUAUGAAAUUGAAGGAAUGUUACCGGAACCUACCGAGUUUAAAAGUGUCAAGCUGCUACGGGAAAAUUACAUCGCGAUGUUAGAGAAAACUUCGAAACAACUCUCGCGAGUGUCAGAGAGCCGCGACGAAAAUUCGGAAAUAUCGGAUGAAAAGCCAGAAAUUUUGAAUGAAAAAUCGGAAUUACUGGUACCACCGUCCAGUGGGUAUAGUAGUUCGACAGCUUCCGGGGCUAGUGACGAUGAGCGCGAAAAAAAUUGGAGAAAGAUCGAGAGACGAAGCGGCAGCUCUGAUUCAGCUGUUCAGAGUGACGAAGAGGGACCAAUUCAGUCAAAUUGGGGGGAGAAAAAGGAGGAGAUUUUUCCUAUUGAUGGAUACCAGCCAAGAAGCCCUUACAGUCCUCGAUGUUCCGUAGACCAUUCCAAUGUUCCAAGUAAGACGAUAAUCGAAGCUCAUUACGUUCCUCUUCCGCUGGAUAGAAAGUUUAGCGUUGAUGUCAUCAGCGAAAAUAAUUCGGAUAACUUUGACACGUUCGACGAAAGUCGUCGGCAUAGUUGUUUUAGUGAAGGGGCGGAAGAUCAACCGCGGUAUCGGUACUGGCGUACCCCGUCAGUCGUGGUUAGUGAUUAUUCGGACGACAUUAUGGGACUAACGUUGGAAGAUAUCGAAUAUAUUCGCAGUCGUAGGGAUAACUCGAUAUCCCCGGAUUCGAGCCUACAUAGUUCGUGCAGUAAUUUAAAUUUUUGCGGUUCGACUCUGAGUGGUUUAGAUGGUGAUUACGUAUUGUGCCAACCGUACAGGAAGUCAUCUAAUUGCUCUACUUGUUCCACGUUGAGUGACGAAGAAGAGUCGCCUGUAGGAGAUACUUUGCUGCAACCACAUAAAAAUAGAGAGACAAGGAGUAGUGCAGGGAGAUCUUCUAGUGGUAAUGAAGCAGGACCGUCCGGUGUAAAUAAAAAAAGAAUGAGGCAUUCUCAAAAAUUAUCAAAAUAUGAGCGCAAGCGUACUCUAAAAGAUGAUGAAUUGCUACAUAUUUUAGAACCUGAAGAGGAGGAUAAAUAUAUGUCUGAAGGAUCCAGUGGUGAAGAAUAUUCAGACAACGGUGAUGAGUGGUGUACUGAUGACGAUUAUAAAUUGAAACAUUUGACAGAAGAAUUAGCAAAUCAAACAACUCCACAAGUUGAAAUGCCCGGUGCUACUGCUUCUGGUAGAAAUUCUCCUACGUGGGUAGAUAUAGAAGAACUACAAAAAUUUGAAUUUCGGCAUUCUUGCCAAACCUCGACAGUAACAUUCCGAUUUCUCUCUGAAAACAUAAAACAGAAGUCUUGAUCAGUUUUCAUGGCAACAACAUCACCUCUUACACCACGAACUGCUACCACUAGACCACCAUCUUCUUCCGUUAAUUCUGGCGUUCGAGGACAUUUCUGUCGCCGAAAAGUUUGUGAGGCUCCCUGCACUGGAAUUUCCCCAGAUACACUUGGUACUUGA